AUGGCUGAUGUGAAGAUCCAAGAUUUACUGAAUAAACCCCGCAAUGAGCUUACUGAAUACGAAGUUUCCAUCAUAGAAGAACAUGAGCUUACGACUGGUCCUCUGUCUAUUUUACAAACUGCCACCCGCUCUCACGCUCAAGUGCUAAUCUCUUGUCGAAAUAAUCGGAAGCUUCUCGCUAGAGUAAAAGCCUUCGAUCGUCAUUGUAAUAUGGUCUUGGAGAACGUUAAGGAAAUGUGGACAGAAAAACCAAAGGGUGGCAAGGGGAAAGGAGUUAAUAAGGAUAGAUUUGUCAGCAAGAUGUUUUUGAGAGGUGACUCAGUUAUUCUUGUUCUCCUCAGCUGA